AUGCAGCAGUUGCGCGAGGACAUCGUUGUAUUACGGAUGCUGACUGCUGAACCGGCCAGACCCACUCGUAAUCCUAUUGUCAGCUGCCGGCAACGGGAUCUCCCUGCGAACGCGGGACGAGUAAUCUCUUUUCAACAAGAGCAUGAAAUUGUCGAUAAUUUGGCCUUUCUCUCGGCAAUAUCUGACGAUCCUGAAAAGGUCACUGCCAUAUGGCUUGACGAGGGUCUCCAACCGGAUUCUUGCACCAUUCGUAUUGCUAUGAAUACUCGGAAGUUAACACAUCUUGUGGCGGACUUUGGGAAAAUAGCGCGGGUGCUAGAAAGAGCUGAUCACAAAAGUGAGCCCCGUAUCGGGUUCUUCCUCCGUUAUGAAAGAGCCCUGAUCUUUGAUUCCGUAGGCGACACAGACAACCUGAAUGAUUUGUUGAGCAUUGUUAUCCCAAUGCACAGGAAUCGCGUACUUUCAAGACUGAGAUCCGUACACGCGAAAACCUACAAGAAGGCUGACCGAUGUGCCAUUCUCUUUCGCCUCAGGGACAUGAUCAAUGGUCUGGAAUCCGCAAAUCGGUCGAACUUGGCAGUUCACCACGUCAAGUCAACGACCACUCAACUUGUUGGAGCCUUUGCUGACCUGGAAUCAAUGCCCACGGGUUCAGUCACGACCGGCAAGGCAGAUGAUAUACUACUGGGGCUCCUGCAUUUGCUUGACAACCUUCCUUCAGCAAGAGACUUGACGGAGAUCCUCGCCAACCUGACUGUGUCAGCGGGAAACCACCCUCAAGCCCCAGAGACGGUGGUCAUGACCAUCACAAAGCUUCGUAAGUAUCGUGCCGCCUGUGGCUAUCUGGUUAGAGCCGCAAAAUGCUUGAGUGUUUUCCGAAACAUUUCGGUAUCCGAGGUUAUAAUCAACCCGCAUGUGCCGCAACUCCUAGCGGGUAGUGAACACCUCCUUUCGGCGUGUCUGAAGAGAAUGGGCUUGGACUGGGAUAAGAACACGAAACAACGAUUUGGCAUCCCUCUGUCGGAGGCUUCGGCGCGAUUUCGGAAAGAAAUGGAACGCCCGAACUCCAAAGUCCACGCCGAAAUUCAACUCCUCUUUUUCUAUGAGAUGAAUCCACACUUACAAUGUCCACGUGUAGUAUGCUCGAGCAAAAGUGCAUGUUUUCUUUGUGACGUGUUCAUUCGUCUUCACGGGAAAUUCUUUGCAGCAAGGACACAUGGUGUACUAUACCCCAAAUGGACCAUACCGGAUAUCAAUCGUUUAUCCUUGCCGGAGGACAGAAGGCAAGCCAUGGACAAGCUAAUUCGCGAGUUUGAUCACGUCCUUCGGAACGAGAUUCGGAGGAAUUUGACACAGCCCGGGACCAAACGUCGGCAUCCGAGUGAAAGUCUCGCAACCCUCCAUCAAUGGAAAGAGUCGGACUUGGCUGUAGAGGCCAAACAAGAACCACGACUCGGUCAGUUAAGUGGGUCAACUCACUUCGAUAGAGCCGCGAUUCCGUUGGAAGUUGAAGACGAGACGAGAGUCGAUCGUCUGAUCCACGACGACAGUAGUUCAGGUGCAAAGCAGGAAGCCAGCAUGACCACAUCUCGCCAAUUCCCAUUAUGUCCAACCCGGGACGAUAAGGGGUCUGUAAGUCACUUAUCUGAGCUGCAGCCCCUCCUGCAAGUUCGAUCUUUCAUUGAUCUCGAUUGUCAACAGAACCAGACUGCCCAUACCAUAAGAGAUCACGAAAGUCGAACCCACGACCUGCCUUCUAAAUAUGACAUGAUGAGCAUGUCACGUUCAGCAGGCAUGGGUCGAAAUCUCCACUUUCAUGAUUUGGAACUCCACUUCGAGUUCGAACAUCCAGCAACAACAUUGCAGGCGAUGAGGUCUUCUAACACCCCCAACUCGAAUUGUAGGGCCAAUUGUAAAUAUAAACAGUCUCAGUCCCGGAAAUGA